CCCAGGUCUGGCUGACAGGUUAUCAGAAAAACACCUCCGGAAGAGCGCGGCUGCGCACUGUGACAUCCUGCCUGCGACGGCUAGAUGAGAAACAAGGAUGGGGUCCCGCAUCAAGGACAGCCCCGAAUCUACUUUUGAGGUCUAUCUGGAGGUAACCCAUCCAGGAACACAAGGCGCCGUGCCGGAGGUGAGAAGGCGGUUCCCUGAGGACUACGUUGACCAGGAAACUCUUCAGACUGUGCCCAAGUUCUGUUUCCCCUUCAGCAUGGACAGCCUAACAGUGAAUCAGGUUGGGCAGAACUUCACAUUUGUCUUGACUGAUAUUGAGAGUAAACAGAGGUUUGGCUUCUGCCGCCUCUCAUCAGGCGCCCACAGCUGCUACUGUAUCCUCAGCUACCUGCCCUGGUUUGAAGUGUUUUACAAGCUCCUCAACAUCCUUGCAGAUUACACAGUCAAAGGCCAGGAAAGCCAGUGGCAAGAGCUCCUAGUUUCACUACACACCCUCCCCAUCCCGGAGCCUGGAGUUCCUGUCCAUCUUAGCGUGCAUUCCUACUUCACUGUGCCUGACACAAGAGAACUCCCCAGCAUACCUGAAAAUAGAAACCUAACAGAGUACUUUGUAGCAGUAGAUGUCAAUAACAUGCUCCAUCUGUACGCUAGUAUGCUUUAUGAACGUCGAAUCCUCAUCAGCUGUAGCAAACUAAGCACUUUAACAGCUUGUGUCCAUGGGUCUGCAGCCAUGCUGUAUCCGAUGUAUUGGCAACAUGUUUACAUUCCCAUCUUGCCUCAGCACCUCAUCGACUACUGUUGUGCUCCAAUGCCCUACCUCAUCGGAGUACAUUCAAGCCUGAUGGAGAAAGUGAGAGGGAUGGCUCUGGAUGAUGUGGUAGUCCUCAACGUGGACACCAAUACUCUAGAGACUCCCUUUGAUGACCUCCAAAGCCUGCCCAACGACGUGGUUUCAUCACUGAAGAACCGUUUGAAGAAGGUCUCAACAACAACAGGGGACGGCGUGGCCCGAGCCUUCCUGAAGAGUCAGGCUGCUCUGUUUGGGAGCUACAGGAGCGCCCUGCAGAUUGAACCAGGAGAGCCAAUAACAUUCAAUGAGGAGACAUUUGUGAACCACCGCUCCAGUGCCAUGCGACAGUUCCUCCAGAAUGCCAUUCAGCUGCAGCUUUUCAAACAGUUCAUUGAUGGACGGUUAGACCUGCUGAACUCAGGAGAAGGCUUCAGUGACAUCUUUGAGGAGGAAAUCAAUAUGGGGGAAUAUGCAGGCAGCGACAAGACCUACCACCAGUGGCUGUUCACUGUCAAGAAAGGGGGCGGGGCUAUCUUCAACACAGUGAAGACGAAGGCCAACCCGGCCAUGAAGACUGUUUACAAGUUUGCGAAAGACCAUGCAAAAAUGGGCAUCAAGGAGGUCAAGAGCCGGCUAAAGCAGAAGCCACGCCGAGCUUCCUCCUUUCCCCUCCCACCGCCCUUUUACUCCUCCCUAUACCCACGCCAACCUCGACCUCCCUGUAUUCCCCCUCUCCAGGAGCAGGCAGAGAAUGGCUACUCCACCGCAGGGACGGCAGUCAUCGACGACAGCAGCAUGGCAGCGUUUCCCUCUUCCACCAGUGCAGUCAGGAAAGAGGGGCCACUGCGGACCUGGGAUGACCACAGAUCCAUCACUGUGCACUUUGGGCAGGCUCGACCGCCAAUGCUGGUAAAAAGACCGUGCAACAAUACAGGCGUGGAAAGCAGCCCUGACCACUCUAUUCGUCCCACUCGUCACUACACAGUCUUUCUCUCUGAAGAUUCAUCCGGAGACGAGCUCCAGCAUGAUGACGACUCCAUCUCUGGCUUUCCUGACAGCUUUCUCUUCUCAGUGCCCUUUGAGUGGUCUCCCCUGCCGCAGCCUUACCACUCUCUGAAAGAGGCAGACUUUGCGGAAGCAGAGGAUCCUGGCUUCGGGGCAGAGUGUCACACUGCCCCACCCAGCCCCAUCACUGAGAAGCUCUCCAGCGUCAACCUGUUGGGUGACAUCUUCGGCUGCCAGGACGAGCUUGACAACCCACCAGUCAGUCUGGCUAAAAGUCUAGAGGACCUGAGGACUCCCAAAGACUCAGAGGACCUGCAACCCAAGUUCACCUACCAGCGCAUGGACCUGAGUGCCAGUGAACGCACUCGCACCCUUCCAGGACUCAGGCUAUCCAACCCCUACAAUAAGUUGUGGAGUAUAGGGCAGGAUGACAUGGCUAUGCCCAUUUGUGUGCCUCCGAACUGGGAUAGACCUCAGUCUGACCGCCCUCCUGUGCAUCAGGACGCCCAGACCUCUAGCCGUGACAGUUUUGGACCGGGCCCUGACCCACUGGAUCCUUCCACCCCUAGUCAGGGCAACAUCACCAUUCCACGUCCCCAUGGAAGAAAGACACCCGAACCUGGUAAGGUCCUAGCACCCCCUGUGGCCCAGCCCCGUUCUAAACCAGCAGGCCAUGGGGAAGGAAGGUCGACGGCAGGGGGACAGGAAUUUAGGCAAGCCCUAGGGAUGACUACUGAAGAGGACCUGCUGAAGCCCACCAAGGCCAGUGAAGACAGUAUAGAUCUGUUAAGUCUUCUAGACCCGCUUAACAGCUCAGUAGAGACCAAGACCGCCUCCUUGGGUGGGAAGGGAGGAGACAUCAGUACACCCUCUUCUUCUUGCAAGCCCACAAUACCACCCAGGCCAUAUCCGCAGGGCUUGCCUCCCUUCCCACUACAGCCCCAUGUAUCACUCAAUCCCUUCACUCAGUCCCUCCAUUACACCUCCCCUCAAACACACUACUCCCCAACUAUUAGCGGGAAUCCCUUCAACGUGGCCUACGGGCCUCCAGCAGGCUCCUACUUCCACACCCCACCCCACCCAUCUGUUUCUACACUACCAGGGCUCUACAGACAACAUUCACCAGGUGGCUCCACUCUCUCACCCAGCUUUGGACCAGUCCAGUCAGCCUUCCCUUCCUCAGCCACUUCCAUGCCCCACUUCUCUGCCAGCAACCACGCUCUUUCCAGCCUGGUGGACUCGCCCUUAGCCCUCAGCCCAGCCCCAAACAUAUCGGCGAAGCCUCUUUAUGCCGAGAGAGACUCCCAGGAAACUCAGGAUCCCUUUGGGGACCUGCUGACUAUGGCCAAGCCAGCUACACCGCCCAAAAAGAAGGUGGAGGACCUUCGGAGGAGGUGGGAGACUUUUGACUAAAGUCUGUGAAUAUCCACUGAGUUGAAUCCCCCCCCCAAAACCCCCUCCACUACCACCAGCUUUGCUGCUGACCAAUGAUGAACAUGUGUCUGGUGAACAAAUUGGUAGUCUGGACUAAGUUUUUCCCCUUGUGCUUUGACUCAUCUGUUUCUCCAUACAAGAACUGUCAGAGUUUUGGAGGUUUUUUUUCUCUUUCUCUCUGUGUGUCAUUCUGUCCAGGAAAGCGGACACAUACCCGGCCUUGCUUCUUCAGUACAUCAGAUGCCAACAGUUCAGAGCCCAUCGCCAAUUGCUAGAACAAUAAUUUGCACAGUGCCGCUCAGUGUAGAUGUGUGAUUCCCAAAAUAAGCACCAUUUCCUGAAGUCUUAAGAAGAGAUCUGUCAUGCUCUAGUAACUCACAGCAACGUAUGUCAACAUGAUGCCAACUUUUAUGAUUAGCUAGUCAUCAAUUGUUGAUUAACAGCUUAAAUAGUAUUGUGGUAGUAUUAUGGUGCAUCUGAAACAAGCACUUAGUUCACCUAUGGAUGUCUUAAGUAGGCUCAUGCAGACUGGUGUUUUGCUUGGCCCUAAGGAUAAAUCUCACCCUGGGCUUGUCUCAUUCAUAUGUGAAAAUGAGUUGCCUCAUAAAUAUAUUCAUUAAUUUAAAAAUAAUUACAGGAUCAAUUGAAACUUAAGAUUUGAGGAAAGACUGAGCUUAUAACAGACUCCUCUGCAGUGUCAUAUUAAGUACAGCACUGUCCCUAUGAAAUAAUUUUAAACAUUUGUCUGAUUAAAUAUAUGGGGACUUUAAAACCCAUGAUUGUAUAUUGUUUUUAGAGGGAGAAACAUGGAUCCCGAUCUUUUUGCCAGUACUACUGUUCAGACUCUCCCUACGCAUUUCGUCCUGUUUAUUUUUGCCUUAAGUAUUUUUUUUUCUGUGAUUUUUUUUUUCUGAUUUUUUUUUUUUUUUUUUUUCAGUGCUUAGCUACUGAGGAACAGGCUGCCUGCACAGUGUGUUAAGUGUUAAUAGAGAGCAAAAAUUAUGUUUUUCACAAUUGCUACCAGUUUGAUUCUAUUUUUGCUGAUAUGAAUUUAAAACAAAACCUCACCAACAAUAUAAAUUGUGUGGUUGUGAGACUACCUAAUCUAUUUAGCCUUUACUGCUUUGUAGGCAAUCUUGGGGGACCAAUGUGUGGUGAAUGCCAAAAAAAAAAAAAUCCUAAUUGCUUAAAAAUGCUGUGAAAAAGGUGUCUUAACAACAAGCACAUGUCUGGUUGCUGUUUUAUGUGUAAAUUUGACAUAAUAUAUGGUGUAUGACUGAUUAAAGAGUGGUGAAUAGUAGCCUACUGCAUAUGCUUGAAAUACAGACACUUCAUCAUAUGUCGUUGGCUUAAAACAAAAGGUCGACUGCACCCAAGGACUUUGUGUGGUGCAUUGCACAGCAGGAAAUAUUCAUUACCUCGCCCAGGUUUUUUUUUUCAGUAAUUUUCCAUUAUUCUACACAUAGAUCCUAUACAUAGCAUAUAUUGAUGACUCUAUGAUUGACUCAAUAGUCAUGCCUUGAACAAAAAUCUGCCAAAAAACUGCGCUUUAUAUUGUCCAAGUUUACUUUAGGGUUUCGUUUUCUUUCUUUUUUGAACCUCAAACCUUUUUUUGAACCUGAACAUCAGACACAUUUAACAAAGAGGCUAAAACCUAAAUUCUUCCAAGAGGACAAGAUUAUUAAAAUGUAGCACGCUCUGUGGAUUAUUUCAAAUCCAGGGAGCAAAGUAGGAGAAGUUUUUUUUUUUCUCUCUUCCAGCUCAGCGCAAAUCCUUGUAACCUGUAAGGACGCCACCCGCUGGAACGGAGGUGAAGCCUGUUGGUGGUCAGCGUCAUGAGAUUACAUAUAUAUCAGUUGAACUAGCAUGGCCUCAUACACAAAAAUAUAUUCUCUUUAUUUUCCUGUGAUCACCGCAACUUUAGAGUAUGGAAGACGAUUAGAGCCACUCAGAAAAAAAAAUGUCCUGAAAUUAAUCUCAGAAUGUAAAGUCAUAAUUCUGAAAAAAGUCAAGACUUAUGAGGAAAAAAGUGAGAAGUCAGAGAAAAAGGAUUUAGUAGAGAAUGGUUACUUUAAAGUCACAGGUUUUGACUUUAACGUCACAAUUCUGAGAUUAAAGUCAGAAUUCCGACUGAAUUCUCACAAUUCUGACUUUUUCCUUGCAGAAUUGUGAGAUUAAUCUCAGAAGUCAGUUGAGUCAGCCACAGAGACUGAAACACGCUGCCCACUCACAGAAGUCUCUUUGAAAUGCACUUUCAAAGGAACAUUUUGAGUUUGUUGGAUCAUGACCUCCAGUCGUGGUGCUGUACCUAAGUUGUGUGUAGGCCUUGUCAGAAAAAGUUUCUGAAAUAGUUUUGUCAGGAUUGAAAUUUGUGUACUUUUGCCUGUUUGAUCAACUUUUUGAUAUAAAAUAAGGGGGAAAAAUUCUGAUGUUUUCCCUGGUGACCUAUGGUUAGUAAUCACCUCAUGAACAAGAGAUUACUAGAACACAGAAGCUUGACUGAUUCUAUUGCCCUGUUGGAAACUAAAAUCUAAAAUUUAAUUAUAAAUUCAGCAUUUUAUUAUAUUGUUGUACUUUUUUGAACAAAGAAAAAAAUGGCCAGAAUAAAACAAUGAAAAGUACUUCCUGAUUAUAGGAAAUGCAACAUAUGGUGGAUAUAUAAAUUAUAAUUAUUAAUUUUAACUCAGUUGUGAUACAUUGUGAUUAAUUUUAACUCAGUUGUGAUAAUCAUUUUUUAACUUAUUUAUCAGAGAUGUCAUGCUAUAAAAGAGUGUCAGUAUUAACUUGGUAUAGUAUUAUCUAUAUCUAGUCUUCCCAAAGUAAUUAAUGUAAAUGAUAAAUCAUCACUGCUCCCACUUUAAAAAAAAAAAAAAAAAAAAAAAAAAUGACUGACUUCUGCUUCAUUCUUGUGGGACUUUUUUGUUUGAAUUUCCACAUUUAUAAAAAGUAGCUCUCCUGUGAUUCAUAGUAGAAUGUAAUAAAUUGGUAUGUGCUAGCAUUUCCCUGUACCUUGCACACACUUGAUGACAAUGAUAGUACUGUAAUAGAGCAUUUAUAAAUCCCUGUUGCAAAUAACAGAUGUUGUCGUCAUGGAUACGUCGAUACAUAUCAGCUGAGGUCCUCGGGUGCCAUUCAUGAACUUAAGUGGUGUCCAGUUAUCCUUCUGUCUGUAUGAUUUCUCUGUUUCCUGUAAAAAAGCUUUUUUCAUACAGGUGAGCACUUUUAAGUUUGAUUUUGCUUUGGCUUUAUUUUGUUGCGCUUUCUGUUUCUUUGUUCUGUUUUGCAUAUCUUGUAAUUAAAUGCUACAUGCAAUCACCAA